UUACUGGUAGAGUGUCAGUACUGGCUAAUUUUUUUUAAAACAUUGUGUGAUUGGACAAUCCCCGAUUCGACUCAUUAGCGCAGCUGCAGUUCGUUAGGUCGAUUCACGUUUACGUUUGCAAAGUGGAGUAGUUUCAAAAUGAGAGAAAAUUCUGUUUUGUCUUUACAAAAAAAUGCUUUUACAAAGCGUUCACUUGAAGAAAAAAACAGGAUAAAGGAGCUUGGACCGGAUCGUCCCAAUUUACAAAUUCAGCAGCAGGCAAGUGAUCGUGGACGAUCCUACACGCGGGCUUUUUCCAGCUCUUCUUAUGACAAGCGGAGUUGGCUAGCUGGAUGUGAUGUAAGCAAUGCCUUUUACUGCUUUCCGUGUUUGCUAUUUCAAAGUUCUGGCACGGAGGCAAUGUGGACAACAACUGGGCUUUUUUUCCAGAUCAUCCAAGCGCACAAGCGUUCUUGAUAAAGUUGUGGCCCACAGACUACCAGCAUCCAGCAAUGUCAGAUGGAACUUUCACAGCCGUGCCAUCAAUACUGUGUUUGAGCACAGAGAGGACCUCAUCCGCUGUUUCCAAAGCAUACAAGACUCUGGUGACUUUGACCCCAUUACCGUCAGAGAGGCUGGAGCAUUUGCCAUGCUACUGGAGGAUCAGGAUUUUAAGUUCUUUCUGCAACUUUUCCACCAUAUCAUGCCUCAUGUGGACCUUCUCUAUGCCAAACUCCAGAAGAAGGUCAUAGAUUCAGUCUGUAUCCAGGAGAGCAUCCAACAGUUCCAGCAGGACAUUCAAAAGAUCAGAAAUUCUCUCCACUCCAUGGUUGGACAAAGCAGUGUCUGUGAUAUCAUACUGGGACACACCAGGGAGCGCUUUUCUUUCACAAACCACCUUGUUAGUGCCACACUCCUGCAGGGGGACAGAUUUGAACAAUACAACACAGCAUUUCCUGAAGAUGCACUGAGCAACACCUUAAAAGCCUAUCCAGUGCUCAAUCGAGGUAAGCUGAAGACAGAGCUUACUCUCAUCUACAGCAAGGACGAGUUCAAAGCCUGUUGUGGUGCUGUGGGCCUACUCCAGCUGUUUAUGGAAAACAAUCUAGAAGAAGUCUUUUCAGAAACUGUCACGCUCUUGAAGAUCCUCAUCACCACACCCAUGACCACAGCAGAAGCUGAAAGGUGCUUUUCAACUCUGAAAAGAAUCAAGACUUUUCUGAGAAACUCAAUGACUCAGGACAGGCUGAAUGCAUUGGCCAUGUUGUCAAUGGAGAAAAGACUAGUCACAGAGAUGACUGACUUUAACAAGAAUGUAAUUGAGAAAUUUGCAGGGCAGAAGGAAAGGAGGGCAAAAUUCAUGUUCAUAUAGUGCUAUUUUUUAAGAUUUGUUUUGUUUGUUUUUCAUUUGUUUGUUUGUGUGCGCCCCCCUCAGUUUUUUUAGCACCAGCCGCCACUGCCCAGAUAUCUGAACUGUUUGAAAUGGUUUUAUUAAAUUUAA